AUGCCUUGCGCGGGCGGGACUAGUUCCGGCGGCGGCGCUCACCGGGGCGCAGUGUAUUGGAAUCCCAGAGUUCUCUACAGCAAGAGAAAACUUCCAGCAAAGUCUUCUCUGCAGCAGUUAUUUUUUUGGGCUGAGGAGUCAAUCAAAGUUGAGGGCAGGAUGUCGGAGCUGAGCGACGAGGCCAGCGAGUCGGAGCUGCUGAGCCGCAGCCUCUCCAUGUGGCACGGCGUGGGGCCCGUGCUGUGCCGGGAGGAGCUGGACGUGCCCCUGGACCUGCACACGGCCUCCUCCGUCGGGCAGUACCAAGUGGUGCAGGAGUGCAUCCAGCGUGGAGACCUGGAUUUGAACCAGAGGAACUGUGGGGGCUGGACCCCACUCAUGUACGCUUCCUACAUUGGCCACGACAACAUCGUGCACUUGCUGCUGGAAGCAGGAGUGAACGUGAACAUCCCCACCCCAGAAGGCCAGACUCCCCUCAUGCUGGCCUCCAGCUGUGGCAAUGAGAGUGUUGCUUACUUCCUUCUACAGCAAGGGGCAGAGCUGGAGAUGAAGGACAUCCAUGGCUGGACUGCCUUGUUCCACUGCACCAGCGCUGGGCAUCAGCAGAUGGUCAAGUUCUUACUGGAGAAUGGGGCAAAUGCCAACUGCAAGGAGCCAGUGUAUGGAUACACACCUCUGAUGGAAGCAGCUGCUUCUGGCCAUGAGAUAAUUGUUCAGUACCUUCUCAAUCAUGGAGUGAAGGCAGAUGUCAGAGAUAACACUGGAGCCACAGCACGGACCCUGGCCAUGAAGUACGGCCACACCAAGAUUGUGGGGCUGAUAGAUUUGCAUGCAGCCCCAGUGCCCAAGGUCUUCUGCAGAGGUCCAGGCAACUAUGAGGAGCUGAGUUCUUCAGAUGAAUCAUAUUCUGCUCCCCAGAGACAGAGACCUGCUCGUAGGACCAAAGGUCCCAGCAUCCAUGAGGGGCCCCAGGCCUUGGCCAAGAUCACAGCAAUUGGCAUGGGGACAUGGAAGCAGUCUUGCUAUGAGCAGGUGCCCCCUCAGGGCUAUGUCACCUUCAGCAACGAUGGCAGCUGUGCGUCAGGUGUCAUCCGGUACAGGGACGUCACCUCCCCGAUCAACGAGCUGGACGUGGACAGCAGCAGCAGCAGGGAGGAUAGUGCUUUGUCCAGCAACAGCUUGGGAACCAUCAGGAGCAGCAGCAGCAGCAGUGAAUGCCUAAUUAGAAUCCCAGGAGUCAGCAGUGAAGGCUCCUUGGAAAGCAAUGAGGACUCUGACCACACCAACAGCCCCCCGAGUCGGAAACAAGCCAAGAGCUUUAAGGGCAAGACCCGCUACAGCAACAGUGACAGCCAGUGGAGCCACUGCCUGGGGAAGGCUGGGGGCUGCUGCCAGCACCUGGUCCUUCCUGAGCCCCCGGCCUACACAGGGCCCCAGGACCUGGCAACAUUCCUUGAGGAGAUUGGGUGCCUGAAGUACCUGCAGGUGUUUGAGGAGCAAGACGUGGACCUCCGGAUCUUCCUGACCCUCACAGAGAGUGACCUGAAGGAAAUAGGCAUCACGCUGUUUGGCCCCAAGAGGAAGAUGACCUCGGCCAUCGCGCGCUGGCACAGCAGCGCCCGCCCGCCCAGCGACGCGCUGGAGUUGGCCUACGCCGAUCGACUGGAGGCAGAGAUGCAGGAAUUGGCCAUCCAGCUGCACAAGAGGUGUGAAGAGGUGCAGGUGAUGAAGGGCCAGGUGUGCCAGGAGCAGAAGCUGCGUGCAGUGGCUGAGAGCUGUUUGAUGGAGCGGGAUGAGACCUGGAAUGCCAUCCAGUGCCAGCUCAGAGAGGCUCAGGCCAUCACCAAGGAUGCUGGAGUCCUGCUGGAUCAGAUCAAGAGCUGCCAGGCAGAGCUGUCAUCCCGGCUGGCCCCGGAGCGGGCGGGCGAUGGAGCGCCGGACACGCGGGAGCAGCACGGCACCGGGGAGAGCCAGCGGCCCGGGGAGCGCCCAGUGCUGGAAGGGUGGCCACCUUCCCUGAAGUCCCUGAGCUUGCGUGAGCUGUCAGCUGUGCUGGAGGAGUGUGUGGGAGAGAUGGGAAAAGCUCUGCAGACUGUGACUCAAAACCUCCAAAGGCUCCAAGCCCUGGGGCAGAGCGGGCAGAGCUGGCCAAAGCCAUAACCAACCCGGGAGGAGGGUGACUGUCCCCUUUCUCCUGGUGGCUGCAGGAAUACUGACGUCGGGUGACUCUUCCACCCGGAAGCUGAGUGUGCCUGAGAAAGGGAGCACGGGGCCGUGCUGGCAGCACCGCGGCUCUGCCGAGGGCCACUGCAGCUGGCAGGGCACCGAGGAGGCCGUGGCCACCAGAGAACACAGCUGGGAGGACGAGGGACAGCAGAGGACAACAACCAGCUGCUCUUGGGGCCUGACUCAAGGCUCCCAGGAUCUUUGUUUGAAAGGUUUAGGUUUGGAGGAGAAGCUCCAAGCCUCGAAGUUUUGUCUGCCUUAAGCUUCCUGCAGCCCUUGUUGUUCAGGUCUGAGUGGUGGUAGCAAGGUGACAAUUGCACACAGCAAUCAAUUCAUUAUCCUUUUCUGCAUCCCAAGCUCCCCAGGGCCUCUGAAACGUGUCCCUGGCUCCUUCUGUGCCAUGGGGAUUGGCCCAGAGAAUGGAUCUGAGGCCAUAAAAAAGGUAGUUUGUUGUGGAGGGGUGAAGGGAGUGGAGUUUGUGAUGUUUGGCUCUUUAAGCUGCAGUGGAGCUCAAACUGCAGCCCUGUUCCUAGUUGGAAUGUCUGUUCUACUGCCACCCCAGAUCUGGGUUUCAAAGCCUGUUCCUCCAACCAGCCCACUCUGGUUCACUUUGGGUUCUUGCUGUCCUCAGGAGCUGGGUGUGAUCACAUUGGUGGUUUAGGAAUGGCAUUCACUGAAACACUCCCAACUCACCCACUCCCCCUCCUCACCUCCUCUCCCCUGGGGUGGGAUGGAGAGGAGAACUGGAGGCACAAAAGGUGAAGAUCACUGGUAGAAAUAAAAGCAUUUUACUGGAAACAGCAGUGAGAUAAGGAACAGUAACAGCAACAACAGUAAUAACAAACGUGUACCGGAGAGGUCCUGGUCCUGCAGAAAUGAACCCUGUCCUGGCCAGAACCAGGACGUCACUGUUACUCCAUGCCCAAGAGCUUGGCUUUGUGGUCAGUGCUCUGUGGCAGAGGUCAUUGGCCUGGUUUGCCAGGGCCAAGAUCCCAGCAAGGCAGGGAUGCCCUGGAAAGAGAGGAGAGAGAGAAGGAAGAGCUGGGACUGUUGAGAUUCCCAUGCCUCUGGCAAGCAGGGGAGUGCCAAGGCAGCAGAGCAGGAAGAGGGAUAGCUCUGUGCCCCAUGGGAGGUGGGCAAAGGAACCACAGCCCAGGUAGAGCUGUGGCUUUGCUCCUCACUACUGCCUGCCUUUGAUGUGCAGGCUUUAGUGCUGGGAAAGAGUUCGGCCAGGGCAUUCAUGGGUGGGCAUUGCCAAGGACAGGCAGUGCAGGAAGAGGAGGCUGCCCUAUCCCUGGGAGUGAGUGAGAGUGCCAGGGACCUUGGUGUAGAGUGGUUUCCAGUGACUCUGUGUUCCCAUUUACUCCUGAAUCCUGUAAGGGGGGAAAAACACAACAAUCAAAAUCUGAAGUGAUUUUUCAAAAUUUGAAGUGAGUGAUGACCUUGCUGAAUCAUAGUACGUCCCUUUGGGAAGAGGAUGGAACUGUGUGUUCCUUCUGGUAUUUGGACUUUGGGCACAGAUUCCAAAUAUAAAAACCCAUCCAGCUCCAUCUUUUCAGGUGGUCACCCCUUCUGAUGAGCUGUCUGAGUCCCUUCAGGCAGGAGUGACAACUGGUCUGCCUGCAGUGUCUGUGCUUCCUGCCCCAGGCAGGUAUGGCCCUCUCAGCUGUGACCCCGUGUGCCUGGCAGUGUCCCCCCCUCGGGGUGCUGCUUCCUGCCCGUGCUUACCUCCCACCCGUAGCACAGGGCACGGAUUUUUUCAUCUUGAGCAAAUGCCAUGGAGCAUGUGAGCACCCAGUGCCAGCUGCAGGGUGAGGCUGCAGGAGCUUCACCCUGAAGAGUUUGGAUGAGGCAGAGGGAAUUCUCGUUGUGCAGCACACCUGGGAACUCCUCAGAGGGCUGAGGCUGUGCUGGGGUAGAGUUUUGAGGGCUCUGUCCCUCAUUCUCUGUCACUGGGGAGUCCCAAGGUCUCUCCCUAGCCUUGGUGGUGCCUCUGGCUGCAGUAAUAUGGGGUUGUUAGUGCUGUUUCCUUUGAAGUUAAGGCAAACCCCCCAAAAAACUCCCAAGGGCAAAGCCCUGGCUCAGCAGUGCCCUCAGAGUGGGGGCUGUGUAGAAACAGGGGCUGGAAGGUGAUUACAGUGAUUUGGGGCUUGCUUUGCUAAGUCUGAGGCUGGAAUCGAGGGGGUUUGGGGGAUUAACAGGAUCUAUCCAAUACAUUAGAAUGACUGGGAAAAGAGGGGAGAGGUGGCAGUGUGUGUGUGAAGGAGAAAGGGCCCAAAUAGGUGCUGCAGGUGUAAAGGCUUCAAGGGUGUGAGAGCACCCAAGGGUCCAGCAGGGAGGGGAUCUUCAACAACAGAGUAUCCCUGAGGAGGCAAUUCCUUAACUGCAGGAUGUGAAACAGCAUUCCUUGCAGCUAGGGUGGCUGUGCAGGCAGCAGGAGUCUGGUGCUACCCUAAGGUGGGCUGUCUGAGGAAAAAUAGCAUUUGCUGAUUUGGAUGAAUGAAUAAAAGCUGAGAAGCCUAUGUAUGAUGUGUGGGUAUCUCUGGAGGGAGCUGGGACAUCAUGGCUAAGUUCCCUGAUUUAUUAUUGCAGGAAUGCACACAGGGUUUUCCAGCCUAUUCUGCCAGGAGGCUGCAGGCUCAGGGGCUUGGGACUGCCUGAGCCCUGAGAGCCCAGCACUGCCUGGGUGGGUGAUGUGGGAACCCAGUGGGACCUUCUGAGUGAGUCCAGAGGCAGCCAUGGAGAUAAUCCAAGGGCUGGAGCCAGGCUCAGAGAACUGGCUCCUCUGUUCACCUGGAGAGGGGAAGGCUCCAGGGAGACCUCAGAGCCCCUGCCAGUGCCUGGAGAGGGACUGGGGACAAGGGCUGGAGGGACAGGACACAGGGAAUGGCUGCCCACUGCCAGAGGGGAUGUUAGGAAGGAAUUGUUCCCUGGGAGGGUGGGGAGACCCUGGCACAGGGUGCCCAGAGCAGCUGUGGCUGCCUCUGAAUCCCUGGCAGUGCCCCAGGCCAGGCUGGACAGGGCUUGGAGCAGCCUGGGACAGUGGGAGGGGUCCCUGGACAUGGCAAGGGUGGGAUGAAAUGGGCUGUAAGUUCUUUCCCCCCCCCUAGUCCAUUCUGAGAUUCAGCUGUCUGUACCCACCAGCCCUUUCCCUCCCCUGGAGCAGACAGAAGCAGCAGGCUCUGCUUGUUGAAAAAUAAAUAUUUAUUUACAUCUGAAAUGAGA